AUGAACUUUCCAGAAAUGCGUGGCAUUUUCGUUAAAAGUACCGGACGUAGCUGUCGAUUAUUCCGUAAAAUUUGCACAAUAACAACAAAACAAGAAGGUGAAACAGAGGAAGAUGUUGAAGAAAUUAAAUCACAAAUUCAUUCGGUAAAACAAGAUUCGGUUAAUUCUACUCAACGAUCUUUGCGAUUGAUUCAAGAGGCUCAAAAUAGUGGAGAAAAAACUUUAAAUAAGCUUGGUGAACAAACACAACGUAUUAACUAUACUGAAAAUAAAUUGGAACUUGCUGAAAUACAUGCUCAACGAGCUGCCGAUAACGCUAGCAAAUUGAAAAAAGCAAGUUUUAAAAUAAUUUAA